AUGCAGCAGCCCGAAACCCCGCAGAUAAGUCGGCAAACUGCGCCUGAACCUCUGGAUCCAACAGCUCAGUACCAUCGUCGGAGGAGAACUGCUCUGUGGGUGACCAUCUCUCUGCUCACUCUGGGUCUGCUGGUGCUGACCGUAGGUCUGAUCUCGGCCACUCGCACCGACAACGUGCCGGUCGUUGGACUAUACCCGGGCAUAAUAUUGAGUUUCGGAGCAUUUCUGGGUAUUGUUGGCAUCCACCUGGUGGAAAACCGCAGACCUAUGCUGGUAUCCUCGAUAAUCUUCAUCAGUGUCGGAGUCAUCGUUGCCUGCUUCUGUGCCAUCGUCGAUGGGAUAAUUGCUUCAGACUUUAUUGACAUUACGCGUAUGCAGAAGGGCAUGUGUGACUUUCACCCCAGUGGAUCUGGCUACGCCUACGACAGCUACUACACUGAGGUGAUGUGCCACUCUUUUGAGAAGUCAUGCAAGCUGAAAGUGAGGAGCAACACCUGCUACUGUUGCUACCUGUAUAACUGCGAGAGCCUGUACUCCUCACACUACUACGAGUUCACCGGGGUCAGCGGCUGCUGGGAUGUGGUCCAGCUGUACCGCCUGAUGUGGACCUCGGUGGUGCUCAACGUGAUCGGCUUGUUCCUGGGCAUCAUCACCGCCGCCAUCCUCGGCGCGUACAAGGAUAUCGUGAAGCCUGCUCCUCAGAUCGCUCCCAGCCCAACGCCAGCACCUCACAUCCUGUACAACCCGACCCAGCACAUGCUCACCUACCCCAACUUCUGUCCGUCUGGGCAGGCUCUGCCCGCCUACCCCAACUACCCAGUAUCCAUGCAGCAUAACACCAACCACCAGGCACCUGCUACUCCCCAGAUGCUCCCUCCUGGGGGAGGCCCUGUCUCCUCCCCCUCCUCCUGCCUGUCUGAGGAGAACCAGAGCCAGCUGCCCUCUCAGGUUCUCCCCCAGCCACAGCCUCAGGGAGCCACCCAGGACCCAGGAGGCUACAUGCUGACCCCCAACGCUCCGGUGCUCUAUGCAUCCUCCUACAGCGCCUUUGAGAAACCUCCACCUUACGCCUGCUGAGACUUUAGACAAAUAUGGAGAGCGUGCU